AUGUUUGGGGCCAAGGGCUUCUUGACAUUGGUGGCUGGUGCAUAUGCUUCAUGUCAGGAUGCGCAAUGUGAUGACACCGCAUGGCUGCAGCUACAGUCCGAGCCAGACCUUCCACAAGAUCUGAAAGCGCUGCGAGAUUGCAGCCCUGACGACCUGGGCUGUAUGGCACAGCAGCAGGCCUGCUCUUUGGCCACAAAGAUGGCGUCAGAUUGGCCGAAUUUCCCAGAGAUUCUGGAGAUCUGCCACCAGUUAAAAGACGUUUGUCUUGGACGCCCCCUGAGCUUCAAGACUCCAGAGGAUGUUCCUGGCGGCGAGUGUAGCGAUGCGAGGGUUUGCACCACCAAUGUCAUAGAGUAUGAGAAGAAGAACGAAUUGGCGAAGUAUGGAAUGAAAACUGGCAAGUUUGCAGCAAAAGCUGCAUCAGACACCCUCAAGGAGAUUCUCAAGGAUGCCAAGGCUAUUGCUCUCACGGGCACUGUUGCUUUUGCGUUCGUGGGCGCUUUCAUCAGUGCAUUCUUUCCCAGCGCAGGUGAGCUUCCAGUAAAUCCCUGCACCUUUGCUGAAGAUUGGGGCCGCUGCGUUUGGGAACAGGUGAAACCCUUUGUUCAAGAAUUCGUGAGCGACAAAUUGGAUGAAGCUUUCGCGGACAUCUGGACAGCGACCUUUGAGGGAUAUCAGACCCGAUUGUGGGCGUUGAAUGCAACAGCCUACGAGAACUCGGAAAAGUUCCCCAAUGGCACCAUCAAACACAUGUCAAACAAGACCAGAGAUCGAAUGCACGAUGACCUCAAAGCAGUGCAUGAUGCGAUGCUGGGGAGCAUCAGGCUCUUUCUGGUGGACCGUGCGAUCAAAACCACAGCUGGAGCCUACUUGUCCCAGUUUGCGUCGUUGCAUGUGAGCAUCAUGACAUAUCAUGACCAACCUCUUGGGCUCUUGGCAGUACCGCACAGAAGGUGA